AUGGGUUACUGCGCUGCCCUGAACUGCCACAACGCCUCGAGCGGGAUCUACAAGAACAGCUCGGUCAGUUUUUAUGGAUUCCCCCUACAAAACAAACCCCUCCUGAGGCAGUGGAUCCAAAACAUGGGCCGGGACAUGGAGACCCCCUCCAGAUACCAGUGCCUGUGCUCCGAGCAUUUUGAGGACAGCUCCUUCAAGACAGAUCCUCUGAAAAUCCGCAAGAGACGGCGCCUGCUGAAGGAAGCUGUUCCCAACAAAUUCAUCCUGGGGGUGGAUGGGACCUGGCUCGUGGGGACCCCCCAGGCUUUCGACGGCGUGAUGAGGAGCAAAACCCGAAAAAGGAUCCGGAUUUCCGAGCCCUGUGGGGUCCCUGAUAUGCUUCCUCAGUGGCCACGUCUGGAGGACUGGCAGAAUGAAUUUUAUAAGCAAUUGCUGAAGGAGAAAUACGGAUCUAUCAUCAGAAUGGGAAAAGGCCACGGUGAUGCUGUGAUCCAGGGUGCAGGAGGCACACAGCUGAACGGGACAUCCUCAGGAGCAACCCAAACCCUGCACUGCCACGGCUCGGACCAGGGGGAAACAUCGGGGAGCCGCCACAACCCGGCAACAAACCCGGCAACAAACCCAGCCAGUCCCGUGGGAAUCAGGAGCAGUGGCAGUGUCCUGGCAGGGCAGGAGGUGGAUGAGUUCAGGCAGUUCCUGCUGUACCACCAGGGCCAGCCCGAGGACGCGGCGGUGCCGUGGUUCAUCUGCACGGAGUGCGGGAAGAGCUUUGCCCGCCACGUGUACCUGCUGAGGCACCGCGUCGGUGCUGAUGUGGAUGCAGAGGCUGGUGCUGGUGCUACAGCCCGUACCAAUUCCCACGGCGGUGCCAAUGCCGGUGCCGGUGGCAGUGCCGGAGGUGCCGGUACCGGUGCACCGGUGCCACUGAGGGUGCCAGCGCCCGUACCCGCGGCCGUGCCGGCGCCAGUGCCGGUGGCAGAGCCGGUGGCGGUGCCGGGGCCGCUCCCGGUGCCGGUGGCGGAGCCGCUCCCGGUGCCGGUAGGCGGCAGUGCUCCGCGCUCCGCGCCGCCGCCGCUCCCCGCCCGCUGCCGCCCAGCCCGGAGGAGGCGGAUGCGAUUCCCCGGCUGCCCGUGGCUGCUCGGCGGGGCGGCGGGGCCCGGCCCGUGCGCACAGCGACAGCGGCCCCGGCCCCGCUCCCGGCCCCGGCCCCGGCCCGGCCCCGCUCCGCGCUCGCCGCCGCCGCCGCCCGGCCCCAACCCCAGCCCCGGCCGCGGCCGCCGGGGCCCGGCCCAGCUCCGCGGGGCCAUGGCCGAGUGGGCGCCCGCCCAGGUGCAGGAGUGGAACAUGGAGGCCCCUCACCUGAUGCCGCUGCAGCCGCCGCUGCUGCCGGAGCGGGCGCACGUGCGGGAGGCGCAGCUCCACUCCGCUGAGGCCUCGCUCUGGACCGUGGUGGCCACGGUGCAGGCCAUGGAGAGGAAGAUCGACCUCCUGGCCACCCGCCUGCUCAGCCUGGAGGGCCGCUCCGGCACGGCCGAGAAGAAGCUCCUGGACUGCGAGAAGACAGCCAUGGAAUUUGGGAACCAGCUGGAGAGCAAGUGGGCCGUGCUGGGCACCCUCAUCCAGGAGUACGGGCUGCUGCAGCGGCGCCUGGAGAACGUGGAGAAUCUCCUGAAGAACAGGAACUUCUGGGUGCUGCGGCUGCCUCCCGGCCCCCGGGGCGAGGUCCCCAAGGUGCCAGUGACAUUUGUUGACAUCGCCGUCUACUUCUCAGCGGAGGAGUGGAAGAACCUGGAGGAGUGGCAGAAAGAGCUGUACAACAACCUGGUGAAGGAGAACUAUGAGGCUUUGCUGUCCCUGGAUGGGGCCCUCUCCAGAAGCGAGGCACAGCCCCGCAGUGAGCGUGGGGACGGUCCCUGUGUCCCUGAGCAGCGGGAGCUGGAGCAGAGGGAGCUGCCGCCGGACGCCUGCGCGGAGUCGCUGAUCUCCACCUCCGACAUCCUGUCCCGGAUCAAGCAGGAGGUGGCUUUCGUGGGGGAGCAGCAGUUCCCUGAGGAGCGGGUGAUGCCACCAGACCCCUGUGCGGGCGCGGACGCCCUGAUCACCGCGCACGACUUCUUGUCGUGGAUCAAGCAGGAGGAAGAGCCCUGUGUCCGGGAGCCCUGGGAGCUGCCCGAGAGGGAGAUGCUGCCCCCGGGCCCUGGUCCUGGUGAGCGAUCCCCACCAUGGGGCUGGGGUGGGGGGAUCUCUCUGUCCCCUGCAGCCAGCGAGGGGCUGCUGGUGAAGACGGAGGAGCGGUGCCCCCACGCCGAGCCCCCCGAGGAGGUGGGUUUGCCGGGCAGCUCCGCGGAGCUGCUCUUCCCCGGCACGGGCUUCGGGACCCCCGAGGGACAGGCAGCGGUGCCAGCGGCGGUGGCUCUACCGGCGCAGCACAGACUGGGCAAAGCUCCGGGUCCCGAGCCGGGCCCGGGGACCGAUACCGGGAGCGUCCCCGCGGCGCCGCCGGGCCCCGGCGAGGAGCGGCCGCACGGCUGCGCCGAGUGCGGGAAGAGCUUCAGCGGCAAGAAGAGCCUGCGGAUCCACCAGCGCAGCCACGCGGCCGAGCGGCCCUACCCGUGCGCCGAGUGCGGCAAGAGCUUCAAUUGCCACUCGGGGCUGGUGCGGCACCAGAUGAUCCAUCGCGGCGAGCGGCCCUACAAGUGCUCCGAGUGCGGCAAGUGCUACAGCCGCAAGGAACACCUGCAGAACCACCAGCGGCUGCACACCGGGGAGCGCCCCUUCGCCUGCGCCCAGUGCGGCAAGAGCUUCAUCCGCAAGCAGAACCUGCUCAAGCACCAGCGCAUCCACACCGGGGAGCGCCCGUACCAGUGCCCCGCCUGCGGCCGCAGCUUCCGCUACAAGGAAUCGCUCAAGGAUCACCAGCGGGUCCACAGCGCCGAGGCGGGGCCGCCGCCGCUGCCCCCGCCCGGGAUCCUGCCCCCCGGGGAUUAG